UAGUGUAACAAGCGCAUUUAUCUGUGGUCACAGUAACAUGAAGUGUUUAGAAAAGAGAUGAAUUUGUUUUCAUUUUUUGAAAUCACAAUUUCACAUAAAUAGAUUGUGAAAUGUGGAUAUAUUUGUACAUGUAGCAAUUAUAAGCCAAUUAAAAAUAUUUCUCUUGAAUGUGUAAAUUUUAAAUUAAAAUAAUAUGUGUCAAGUUUUUUACAUCUUUAAACAAUAAAUGUAAAGGCAUUACAACAUAAUUUUAUGACAAAAUGACUGAGUAUUGGAAAUCACAAGCCCGGAAAUAUUGUGAAUUUUGCAAGUGUUGGUUAGCAGAUAAUAAAGUUUCAAUUUCAUUCCAUGAAAAUGGGAAAAGGCACAAGGAAAGUGUUAAAAAACACAUAUCACUAAUUAGUAAGAAGAGUGCAAAAGAAUUCAAGGUGAAAGAAAAACAAGAUGACGAUAUCAAAAAAAUGGAAGAAGCUGCCAUGAGUGCUUAUUUGAAAGAUGUUCAGAAUAAUGCUGACUUGACUUCUAAGAAUAUUAAUGAAAUGCUUGGCCAGAGUGGUAAUAGCAGCCAGGAUAUUGUUGUAACUGCCUCCGGGCUCACAGCGGAGCCCAUUUGGCAUGAAGUUAAAGGUGCAGAUGGAAACUCAUACUACUGGAACACACAAACAAAUGAAACAGCUUGGGAUGCACCAGACAACUAUCUAUCCAUUACACAGCAAGAAGAGAAGAAAUUAAAGGAAAGCAAAAAGGAGAAAAAAUUGCUGAAGCAAAAACAAAAAGAGGCCAUAGUUGAAGUUAAAGCUCACAUAGCAAGAGAGAGUAUGAAAGAAUUAGCAGUUAAAAAGGAGAAACCACCUCCUGUGAGUGUACCUUUGUAUGGUCCAGAACCAAGAAGUAGUAAACCUUAUGGAAAAUGGGAAACAAUAGUUCAUGAACCAGUUGAAAAAAUAGAUUUACAAUUGCCAAAGAAGGAAGUUUUUGUACCACCUGUUGUUGUGCAACCGGAAAUUGUACGUUUUAAAGAAAAACGUGUUGAGUCCCUUGGGGAAGGACCAGUGGAGUUCAAGAAGAGAAAAAUCAAUAAUGCUAAACGAAACAUGAGACAAAAAAUAGAUGAUGAAUAAACAAUUAUUUGUAUAAA